UUUCCUCGCUCCGUUUACGGAAACACUUUGGACGUCAACACGUGUGCAGGCUUGUGCUGCGGGGUUCACUUCAGUACGUGAGGCGUUGCAUGCGUGCUCCUGCUUCCCAAAUCCCAAGUAAGAACGGCGCCGAGGGGGUAGGUCGUGUUGUGUUUCUCAAGCGGGGUCCGCUCGAUCGAUGAAGACUCUGUUGCACGUCCUCGAUGGAGCACGGCGCACUUUUUAAUCAUCUGCACCCUCAACGACUGUGCUAAAGUAUACGGGGGGGGUUUAAGGAGGCCGAGGAGUUUCCUUCCUAUGCGGAACACGUUCGACAGACCGAUGCAAAGACGACUGGAGGCUUGAUUGGGAAAGAAAAAACAUGAUUUCCAGCAAAAUCCAACCGGGAGCGUGCAGACUAUGGUUGACGCGUGUGACAUCCAGGCAGGAGCUGAGUAUGUCCACCUUCGUGCCCCCGCAGCCGGUGCCCCCCCUGGGUCAGACUCUGCAGGCGUACAUGAGAGGCCUGGAGCCCCUGAUACCCUCUGAAGAGCUCACCCACACCCGCAGGGUGAUGCGGGAGUUUUCCAGGCGAGGUGGUCUCGGCGCGGAGCUUCAGAGGGGCCUGGAGAGGAGGGCGAGAAAGACCGAGAACUGGAUCACAGACUGGUGGGUGCAGUGGGCCUACUUGGACAGUCGACUGCCGCUGCCUGUGCACUCCAACCCAGCCAUUUCUCUCCCCAGACGAGAUUACAAUGGCUGGCGGAGCCAACUGUUGUUUGCAUCCAAACUGAUUGUUGCAGUACUUGAGUUUAAGGCCAAACUUGACGCUGGCCGGCUGCCAGUGGAGUACAUGCGAGGCAGGCCUCUGUGCAUGGCGCUCUAUCCACUGCUCUUCUCUUCCUGUCGCAUCCCGGGGCCCAAACACGACUACGUCGCUCACCACGGGAUUUCCCGACGGUCACCGACGCAUAUCACUGUGGUCAGGAACUAUCAGUUCUUCCAGCUGGAGGUGUACAACAGCGACGGCUCCCGCCUGACGGAGAGCCAAAUUCACGGGCAGCUGCUGAGGAUCAGAUCUCAGUCCUGGAAGACGGACAAGGAGCCGAUGGGGAUCCUGACCAGCGAGCAUCGCCACACGUGGGGCCAGGCCUACAACCGCCUGCUGAGAGAUAAACUUAACCGGGAAUCAGUGCAGGCAAUUGAGAAGGGACUUUUUUCGCUAUGUCUGGAUUCUCCAGUUAUGAGGAUAUCAGAUGAAAAAUACGCCAGCCGCAAAGCAGCCCAGGUCCUGCACGGAGGCGGGACCUUCUCCAACAGCGGCAACCGCUGGUUUGACAAAACUCUGCAGUUUGUGAUAGGCGAGGACGGCUCCUGGGGUCUCCUGUAUGAACAAGCCACAGCUGAAGGUCCGCCCAUAGCAACCCUGCUGGAUUAUAUCCUGCGCUACUGUGAGACUCCCGAGCCAAGGCGAGCACCACUGGUCCCGCUUCCAAUGCCUAAGAAGCUUUACUUCCAUAUAGACAGAGAAAUCAAGAGAGACAUUGAGAAUGCCAAGCGGAACCUUGAUAUACUGAUCAAUGACCUGGAUGUGAAUGUUUUCAACUUUAAGAAAUUUGGCAAAGACCUUCCUAAGCAGCACAAACUGAGUCCGAACUCCUUCAUCCAGGUGGCCCUGCAGCUGGCCUAUUACAGAGUUCACGGUGACGUUUGCGCCACCUGCGACAUCGCUUCUCAAAGGAUGUUUCGUAAAGGAAGAACCGAAUACAUCCGCUUGCCUUCAAGCCAGACACUCAAAUUCAUCCUUGCCUUCGUCGAUCCAUCCGUGUCGCGUGAAGCCGAGCUCCAACUAUUCACAGAAGCUGUUGAUGCCUACUCGGCUCUGACCGACCAGGUGCUUAAAGGACAUGGCAUAGACCGACACCUGCUGGGGCUCAAGCUGCAGGCCAUCGAAGACGGACUGAGCGUUCCCAAAAUCUUCAUGGAUACUGCCUUUGGCCUAGCGACUCAUUGGAAGCUUCGAACUGGGCAGGUGCCUGCGAACACAGACAGUGUGAUGUGUUUUGGUCCCCUGGUUCCUGACGGUUACGCCAUAUGUUACAACCCGCAGUCUGACCACGUCCACUUUUCUAUAACGGCCUUCAACUGCUGUGAGGAGACAAAUGCAGAAACACUGGGCGUCGCCGUGAGGGAAACCUUGUGCCAACUGUACGAGCUCCUGGAGCCUACUGUGUAGAGCUGCGGCAGACUUAAGACUUUCACUCCUAUGUAUUCUUAAGCAAAUUUACAAAAGUGUUUAUGAAGGGUUAUUUCUUGUAGAUUUGUUUUUGCAUUGUACAUUCACAGCUGCCCACUUUUCACGCUGUUGGUGUGGAAAAUAAAUCACGUUAACACUUCAGCAUUAAUCACAGACAAAACGCAUGUAUAUGUGUUUGUGAAGGACCAAAAUGUGGGGAAAAAAUAUUGAUAGGAACAAAUGGUGCUGUUGCUUGAAUAAAAUUGAUGUGGCCCUAUUUGGAGAGGUUUUGGAGAAACAGAUGCUGCCAUCCAAGCAACGUCUUUUUCAUGGACACCCCUGCUUAUUUCAGCAAGGCAAUCCCAAACCACAUUUUGCACGUGUUACAACAGCAGGGCUUCGUAGUAAAAGAGUGCGGGUACUAGACUGGCCUGCCUGCCAUUGAGCUGUCUCCCAUUGAAAAUGUGUGGCGCAUCAUGAAGCAUAAAAUACGAAAACGGAGACCCAGGACCGUUGAACAGCUGAAGCUGUACGUCAAGCAAGAAUGGGAACUAAUUCCACCUACAAAGCUAAACCUAUAUACAUAUUCUAUGAAUUUUUUCGUUUUUCUUUUUCUCUCUCAAUGAAUGUUUUUACAAAUGUAUUUUAUUAGUUCUAUUCUCUGUGUGUUGCACAGAAAAUAUACAAUAAUCCCCAUUGUUUAGAACGUACAGAAUAAAAAAAAGUUUCAGGUCACAUAUUUCACACUUUAAUUUAGGGCCCACCAACCUUUCACAAAGUGAGAGCUGCUACUGUUUACGUCACACUGCUGAAAUAACAAACUGGAUGUUUGACGCGUGAAUUUAAAUCGUGCCGUGACCAGUAUCGCAGGUGUCAGGCUGAAUCCUCACAAUUCCAAAACCAUCACUUUUCAU